CCCACACACACACUUUCCCUCCACCCAGCUCUGGCCAGGUCCCUGGAAAAGGAACAGAAAGGUCCUUGUUCCCAGUACUGCCUCUUUCCCUCUCUCUCCUCUCCCCCUCUUUUCUUCCCUCUCCUCCCACCAUCCACUUCUGUCCACUCAGCUUUGAGCAGCAGGGUGUUGGGGAGAGUCCAGUCUCAGUACAGCCUGUCUGGUGGUGUUGGGGGUUUCCUCUGAUUCUUCAUUGUUUUCUUCACCCUUGCCUCCAACCCUUACCACAGGCUGCCACCAUCAUCACUACAAACCCUGUGACUGACUUCCCCAUUGACCACAGCUCCCUUCUCUGGACAACUGUAUUCUGACUUCCGCCCUCUCAUUACUCCUCCCCUCCAGUGGUGGGAAGGGAAGGUUCCAAGCUUGAGGAAGACAUAACCUUGUACCUGCCUGCCCGCUUCACUCUCUGGCCCUGCCAGCUUCUCAGGGUCUGAGACAUUGACCUUUACUGAUCAGCCAAGGGUUCUGAGGACUCUACUUUCUCUAGCCCCGUCUUGCUGAGUGAACCCAGGGUAUUGUAACGCCUGAAGGGAGUGAAGAGUGGGCGGUCAAGGCACCAGAGCAAGAGCCCUCUGGGGCCUCUGGCAGAGGAGUGAAACUGGAACCAUCAGGGAACAUGAGUGAAUUUUGGCACAAACUGGGCUGCUGCGUGGUAGAGAAACCCCAGCCGAAGAAGAAGAGGAGACGGAUCGACCGGACCAUGAUUGGGGAACCAAUGAAUUUUGUCCACCUGACUCACAUUGGCUCUGGGGAGAUGGAGGCCGGAGAUGGACUUGCCAUGACAGGUGCAGUUCAGGAGCAGAUGAGAUCCAAGGGAAACCGAGACAGGCCAUGGAGCAAUUCUAGGGGCUUGUAGCUCCAACAGGAAUGGUUCUGCUGUAUGAAGUCUCCACUCUGUGCCCAGCCCAGAAGAGAUGCUGCCCCCACCAGAUCCCUCCUAGAACCAGUGUCCCCAGGGCCCCUUUUUUCCUUAUCUGCCUGAUAGUGCCUCAAAAGGCUUGGGGGCUGGACUCCCUUUACUCCCUCUGGCUAUAGCCCCUCCUGGAGAUGGGGUCAAGGCAGCAGGACUGACCAAAUGACUACUGGUUGGCCAGAGGAGCUCAGCUGAAGCCCUGGACACUCUCAGAUCUGAAAUAGGAGUUUAUGGAAACCUGGAAUGAGUUCCCUUCUCCUGAAUGACGGUCUGGGUGCCACCUGUUUUUAAACUAUUAACCUGGAACUCCUUAUCUGGCAGGUGGGUGAGGUUACCAAGCUGAAGCUGGCUUUGCUAAAAAGCUCCCUACCUCCCCUGCCCUUCUCCUUCCUCCUGGAAUGACCUGAAGCAGACGUCAAGCGGGGCCUGGGAGGUUGACCACUGCCUAGUCUACUCUCUUUAAAUCUCAGACCUUAAGCUUACAACUUUUUAAUCUCUCUGCCAAUACCAGCAUCUUUCUCUAGUUAGGCCUCUAGCCCUGUUUUUGUAGCAUUGCUAACUCCCCAGUAUCUUUCCUUUUCUUAAAUUAAAAAUUUAUGAUGAGUUCUCUUAAUUAUGCUCACCCCACUACUACCUCUGUCCUUAACCUCAUCCCUGUUAGAAACUUACUGUUUCCCAUUGAGUAAAACCUAAGGUAAGAGAUGGAUCUUAACCUGAUGACAUUCCAGUUAGGUCUCGGGGACCUGCCCUGCCCUCUGCCAACCUCCCUGCUGGCCCAGGUGAGAGGAGGAAGAAGGAUCUGGAGAGAAGCCCAGAAUGUAGCAAAACUAGGAGUUAUGUCUCAGAGUGGACUUCCUUCCUGAUCAUUGAGGAUGGGAGGUAGGGAGAUAAAUUGGUUGAAAACGAUCAUCUGCGAGUUUAGGAAUCUUAUGAUCCUCACAACCUGGGAGCAGGGAGACAUUCAGAGCAAGGUUUCUCAGUCUGGAGACUUUUGACAUUUUGGGCUGGAUAAUUCUUAGUAGUGGGGGACUGUCCUGUGCAUUAUAGAGUGUUUAGCAGCAUCCCUGGCCCACCCUAGUUAUGACAACCAAAAAUGUCCCCAGACAUUUGCCAAGUGCCUCCCAGGGGGCAAAAGCACCCCCAGGUGAGAGCGAGUGCUCUGGAGUCAACAUAUUUUUCUCUUAAAUGAUUUCUAUCCCACACCCUACCCCCAUCCCAUUAUCCUAAGCCUGAGGCUUGAUGAACUAGACCCCCUGUAAAGUAGGCUUCAUAGGGCUGCACAUAGUCUCCAAGCAAUCCUUUAUUCGUUGUGUUGCUCGUGCUUGAAUGGGUUGUUUCUGUGAUGAACAAGUACGAUGCUUCUCCCUUGCUCAGUGGAGAGGUUCCUGCAGUGGUGGGAUUGGGGAAGGAAGGAGAGAAAAGCAGUAGAGUCGCAGACACCCCAGUGCUGUCCUCCCCAAAUUUUAAGCUCUAUUCCUAUUCCCUAGUCCUGGAACCAGACACAAAUAAGACUCAGGGAGUUUUGUCUGAAGAACAGGUCCCACUUUCCACCUGGCCGAAGAGUCUGCUUUAGGUGGGAAAGUAAUGGAGGAGCAGGGUCUUUAGACACUUUCAGUUUUCUCAGGUGUUUUUUGUUCUGGCCCCUUCCUUACAGGGAGAUUAGGAAGGCAGGACAGAUGAGCUCCUGCCUGCUCUGUGUCCAGAAGGCAGGGGUCUCAGUAACUCAGUAACCGCAAGCAUUCUGUUUGGUGAUAGGGGGGCAGGAAUGUGGGAAUGAGGAUCCACUCUGCUGAUGCCACCAUCCAUGCAGUUUGCCCCCACCUACAGUGACUGAGGUUCUAAUUUUUUCAAGUUUCAGUCUAUUUCCUAAAGUUUUUCAGGGUCUAAGGUUGCUCAUAGAGAUAUUCCCAAUUUACGCUGUUCCAGUCAAACUAGUUGCUCUGACAAUAGCUCAUCUUGUUGCCCUGAAGUAGCUCAAUAGCGUGGGGUUUUACUAGAUCUGAAGGGUUGACAGGCUAGGGUGGAAAGAUGGGGGCUCCUGAAAUCUCUGGUCACCCUGAUCUUUAGCCUUAUUCUUAUGCCAAUGCUUUGAACAGUUUUUUCCUUGGUUCUCUCUCCUUUAGCUACCUUCUCUAAUGUGUGUGCUACCAUCACUUUAACAAUAUUUAGAGUGAUGGGAAUGGGUUUGAGAGUCAUAAUUUAUAUUGAAAAUUUGUUGGACUUCUAAAUACAUUUUUCAAAUAAAAAGUUUUAGCAAAAUA